GCCCAAGCAAGGCAGAUGGCUGAGUUGCAGAAUAUGAUUAACCAACUCAUAAGCCAACUAAUGGCCACCCCGAACGAGAAACCACUUAAGAAGCCAAAAAUGGCAACCCCAGAAAAGUACGAUGGAAGUCGCACCGAGUUGCGGACAUUCCUUACCAACAUCGACUUAUACUGCGAAUUCAACGAAGUACCUAACGAC